GUCAGCUGUUGCCUAUCGAUGAGCGGAGACUAUCGAAUAAGUAGGCUAUCGAAGUCGGUUUAUCAUUAUCCACAAACGUUUGUUUUGCAUUUUCCGGUGAAAUUGUUGAAAACUUGUAUUUUCAACAUGCGUUCACGCAGCAGGAGUCGCAGCAGGCAGAGGCAACGUCGUCGGUCCGUUUCUAGGGCUCGUUCCCGGUCGGAGAGAAGGACUUACCAGAAACCGCAACACAGGAGAUCAGUUUCCCGCGAGAGGGAAAGAGACAGGGUGAGGGAGAGGGAGCUCCACAGGGAAAGGACUUCCAAUCGCAACUCUCGUCGCUCCAGAGAAAAGGAUGCAGUGCCACACCGCCGCAGAACCCGCUCCGCGUCCUCCAGAAGCUCCAGCAGCAGCAGUGAUAGCUCCAGUUGCUCGAGAAGCCCCUCCAAAAACCGCAAAUCCCGCCCAAAAUCCGUGGACCGCUGGCCCAACGAUCGUUUUCAUGAAAACAACGAUAGGCGGCAGAAUCCUUUCCGGGGACGGGCUGCCGAGGGUAGUUUCAUUAAUGACCCCGCCGAACCAUCGUCCAGGUCCCAGCAUAGAGGCAGAGGACCGUCCAACUACCAUUUCAAAGGUGACUCCAAGGCUGUAAAUGCCCGCAGGAACCAGAGAGUUCGCAUUGGCGAGGAAGGCGUACCAGAGGUCUGGGGCAAAAGCCCAUCCCGCCCAGAAAGCAACGAAGUGGAGCUGGUAAAGGGUUCCUACAUAGGACCCAAGAAGAAAAAGAAAAAGGGCAAGAGCAAGCACAAGAAAUCGGAAAAGAAGUCGAAGAAAAAGUCAAAGAAGUCCAAAAAGAAAAAGAGCAAAAAAGAGUCUAGUUCCUCCUCCAGUUCUUCUAGCAGCGAAGAUAGUAGCGACGAGUCCAGCAGCUCAAGUUCCAGUUCUGACAGCGAAGAUGAGUCCGAUGAGGAAGAUGUUUGGCUGGAAAAGACUGCCGACGGUAUCAAGAAGCCUAAAAAGAAAAAGUCGUCUGCCAGCAAAAAGGACAAAAAGUCUAAAAAGAAGAAAAAGAAGCGUAAGUCAGAGGUUGAAAAGUCCAAGAAGAGCUCCUCCUCGAGUGCCAGCAAAUCCAAGAACAAGGAAAGUUCCACGCACAACGACGAGGACGUGGGACCUUCGUUGCGACCCGGCGGUAGCCUUAAUCAAAAGGAUUUCGGCAAGGCCUUGCUGCCAGGAGAAGGUGCCGCCAUGGCUGCUUACAUUGCCGAGGGCAAGAGGAUACCCCGCCGUGGUGAAAUCGGCCUAACUUCCGAUGAGAUUGCCAAUUUCGAGUCCGUGGGCUAUGUGAUGAGCGGCAGCAGGCAUCGGCGCAUGGAGGCCGUCCGUAUCCGUAAGGAGAACCAGCUGUACUCCGCCGACGAGAAGCGUGCACUAGCCAUGUUCAGCAAGGAGGAGCGACAGAAGCGCGAAAACAAGAUUCUGUCGCAGUUCAAGGACAUGAUCCACUCGAAGCUGCAGGCCAAGGAAAAGAAGUAGGAAAGCAUCAUACUAUGUUCACGAUGUCUGCAAAUGGCUUUCCAAUAAAUGUCAAACGCACAUCAAGAUGUCCAAAUGAAUG